AUGGCGGGGGGAGAUAAGAAGUCAGUGGUCCCUUACGGGCGGGGAGACGCCGUCGCGGAGGUGGGCGCGGGCGGCGGAGAGGGGGAGGGGGAGGAGCGUGAGACUUGGGGCAAGAAAGUGGACUUCCUUCUGUCGGUGAUCGGGUUCGCGGUGGACUUGGCCAACGUGUGGAGGUUCCCUUAUCUCUGCUUCAAGAACGGCGGCGGUGCGUUCCUGGUGCCGUACUGCGUGAUGCUGGUGCUGGGGGGCAUCCCGCUCUUCUUCAUGGAGUUGGCACUCGGCCAGUACAACCGGAAGGGCGCCAUCACCUGCUGGGGCCGCCUCGUGCCGCUCUUCAAAGGCGUGGGGUUCCAAGUCGUCUGCAUCGCCUUCUACGUCGACUUCUUCUACAACGUCAUCUUAGCGUGGAGUCUCCGCUUCUUCUUCGCCUCCUUCACCACGGAGCUUCCCUGGACCAACUGCAACAACGAGUGGAACACACGGAACUGCAGGGAGACGGACGACUACGACCCGGACGACCCGAGCCAGGACUCCAACAAGACCACCACGCCCGCCGAGGAGUACUGGACGCGCGAGGUGCUGCAACUCCAGCACAGCGGCGGCAUCCAGGACCUCGGCAUCAUCAAGUGGGACCUGGCACUGUGCCUCCUGGCUGUCUACCUGAUCUGCUACUUCUCCCUGUGGAAAGGCAUCUCCACUUCAGGCAAGGUCGUAUGGUUCACGGCCGUGUUCCCGUACGUGGUGCUGUUUAUUCUCCUGAUUCGCGGAGUGACACUUCCGGGCGCCAUCCAAGGCAUCAAGUAUUACCUCAGCCCCAACUACUCCAAGAUCUGGGUCGCCGAUGUGUGGGUCGACGCGGCAACGCAGAUCUUCUUCAGCCUGGGUCCCGGGUUCGGCGUCCUCCUCGCCUUCGCCUCCUACAACAAGUUCCAUAACAAUGUCUACAAGGACGCGAUGGCGACGAGUCUCAUCAACUGCGUCACGAGCUUCGUCUCCGGCUUCGUGAUCUUCUCCGUGCUGGGCUACAUGAGCCACAAGAGCGGAAAGCCGAUCAACGAAGUCGCCGACCAGGGACCCGGACUCGUGUUCGUGGUGUACCCCGAGGCCAUCGCGACGAUGCCCGGCUCCACCUUCUGGGCCAUCAUCUUCUUCAUGAUGCUGCUCACGCUCGGCCUCGACUCGUCGUUCGGAGGCUCGGAGGCGGUGAUCACGGCCCUGAGCGACGAGUUCCCGAUCAUCGGCCGGAACAGGAAGGCUUUCGUGGCGAUUCUCUUCACUUUCGACUUCUUCGUUGGUCUCAGUUGUUGCACGCAGGGCGGUUACUACGUGUUUUCGCUGCUGGACCGAUACGCCGCUGGAUACUCCAUCCUCUUCGCUGUCUUCUGCGAGGCCAUAGCUGUAUCCUGGAUUUAUGGCAUUGGCAGACUGUGCAACGAUAUCAGGGAGAUGAUCGGCUUCGCUCCCGGAUGCUACUGGAGAAUCUGCCUGCAGUUCUUCGCCCCCAUCUUCAUUGGCACCAUCAUCGUCUACGGCCUCUACGACUACAAGCCGCUCUCGGCCGACAGCUCGGGGAUGUACCCGUGGUGGACCGACCUCCUAGGCUGGGUCAUGGCCGGCUCCUCCAUGAUCAUGAUCCCCUUCGUGGCCAUCUACAAGAUCGUGCGGCUGCCCGGGCCCGCGUCCUUCUCCAAGCGCCUGAAGAUCCUGACCACGCCGUGGCGGGACCAGCAGGUGUCCGUGGGCAACGGCGUGCGCGCAGAGACCAACCAGAUCAUCCUCAACUCUGACACUCCAGCCCCAGACUCGGUAUAA